UCCAGUUUGAUAUUUGCUUGUGUAUGUUUAAUGCUAAUAAAAUAUUUAAUUUUCUGACUUAAAAAUCCAUCACUUCUUAGAAAUUCCAAAUAGUUACACAAAAUGAGUUUUCUGGAGCUAAUGGAUCUCAGUAAUUGCAUAUUUUCUGUAACAGCAUGUGUUUUUUUAACUAUUUGCUAUGUUGCGAGUUUAUAUGUCUGGAGGUCUAAAGAGAACAGGGAUCAUCCAAGCACGAUCAAAAAAAGGUUUUUCAGCGUUUUCGUGAUGAUGAUGUUUGCACCACUUUUUACGAAUUAUUUUCUCAAAGAAUCAACCGAUAAUAUUGAUAUGUAUGAAAAAAUGGGCCUUCGAGAAAAUGGAAUAUUACAAGCCUUUGUUUUACCUUUCCUAUUGACUGUCAUUCUAUUUUUGGGACCAUUGUCAAUGCAAGUUUUUUCUGGCGCUUGGCGAAUAUACAUUGAACCAAUGUAUUGGGUAUCUUGUUGGCAAGAUUUGGUAUGGGUGCGAAACCACAUUAUGGCACCACUCAGUGAAGAGUGGGUAUUUCGAGCUUGUAUGAUGCCUUUAUUAUUGCAGUGUUUGAAGCCAAUGUCUGCUGUUUUCAUUGGCCCUAUUUUAUUUGGCAUUGCUCAUUUUCAUCAUGUAUUGGAACAAAUUAAAGCAGGAUGUGAGGUUAAGACUGCAAUAAUUGUUUCAUGUUUCCAAUUCACAUACACUACUAUGUUUGGUGCAUACUCAUCUUACCUAUUUUUAAGAACUAGACAUUUUGUCGCUCCACUGAUGGCACACAUUUUCUGUAACCACAUGGGAUUCCCUAACUUCGCUGAUGUACCUCUAUUUCCUCCUAUGGAAAGAUUCAUUAUUAUAUGCAAUUAUCUCUUAGGAUUGGGUCUUUGGUGUGUUCUAUUAAAUCCUAUGACAAACCCAGAGCUGUAUGACAAUAGAAUGUACAUUGCUACUUGAAUCAUUCUCGAGUGAAAGGAGUCUUUACUUGGUAUUAUUGAUUGUGGUAACAUUUUAUCAGUUACUGAGUAGUGAAUGUACAUUAAACAUAGUAUGUCAUAUAUUUAUGAAUCAUUUGAACAGAGUCUGGGCCUAUAUUUUGUACACUUAAUUCAAAUGAUCUGUUUAAAACGUAAAUUACCAUAAAUUUUUUUAUGUCAUAGUCGGCAAUGGAGGUAGUGAGUUGCCUGAUGGUAAGCGCGCUACCAACGCCCAUGGAGAGGAAUAAGGUCAAUUGCAGAACUUAUACCUCUACAAAUGGAUUGCCGACUUUAAAUUGGGAAGGGAUUAAAAAAAAAUUGAUGAGAGGAAUAAAGUAAAGAACUGGGAAGGGUAAGGAAAACGAUAUGGGCCUCCCAAAUAUGUCCAAUAGCAUGGUAUUAUUUCACGUCGGUUUUCUGUGGGGCCCUGGCCCAAUUCGUGCCGAAGCGUAGUCGACUACCACAACCAAAAUUCCAUUGUUAGAUAUUUUUUUAUUAACUGAUCAAUAUAUAUAAAGUUUAAUUUUACUUAAAUAAUCCCUUUUACUUAAAUAAUAAAGUGAUCGUUUUUUUGGGUCAAAUCUACCUGUUGAACAUAUUGUGGUUCAAAAAUAUCAGUAUUACAAUUCUAUUUUUAUGCUUUUGUAUGUAGUGUACUCAAUGUAAACUCACAUUUAUUGUUAUUGUAGAACCGAUAAAAAAAACAUUGCAAUUGUAAUCUUGAAAUAUAAGAAAGUUGGGUUAAUCAUGCUACUGAUUUAACAGAGUUUUG